UAAACGCCGCGAUCGAUAUGAAAGAGGGUGCAUCGCACAUCUCGGUGUUGCAGGGGCGCAAACAAUAGUCGCGUCGCAUGCAAGUGCAAAGUGCAACCUGAACACCGUAAAACAAGUGAAAAUUAGCUCAGUUUACUGUUCUUAUAGUUUAUCAAGUAAAUCAUGAGUUGCUUGGGUGAUUGUUGGGACAUUGGUCCUCCACCGGAUACCAUUCUGUUUAUGCCACCACCACCAAUUCCGUCAUUCCUGCAAGGUGGUCUUCCAGAAUUAUUGAUAAACAACACAUCGUGUGUAUCACCUCAGUUGUGUGAAGCUUAUCCACCGCAUCAUGGAAAUCGCGUCCUUGGCGAUGGAGUCGGUGGUGAAUUCGUUGAACUACCCAGGAAGGAUGUUGAUCCAUGGAGUCCUACAAUCGGUGACACUUGGUUGCUCGUUUUAGUAGCGUCCGCCAUUGGUGUCCUAUUACUAGGAGCGUUGUUAGCCAUGUUCCUCCUGAAAUGUCGAGAAAUGAACAUGUUCGGCAACAACGAUUGCUCCAUGCACAACAGACCAGUGAAAAAUGUAGAGCCGCGUGACUGUACCAAUAUGGUCACAAAUAUUAACUCAAAUAAACUGGUACACCCUUCGGAAACUGUGUUGUACCAUGGUAAUGGUAUUCACGCUGACAAUCGCAUGGUAUGGGCGGCGUUGACGCCUCGAGGCACCCAACACUUCAUCUCGGAGAGUUAUCCGAAUGACCUUGUCGACUACAUCGAGGCGGAUGACCACUACGAGACCAUCGACCAGUUGAAUACGCAACCGCCUCCGAUCGCGGCCGGCCAUUAUUCACCCUACUAUCAGCGUAAAGGUACCGUGCCCCGCGUCCUCGCGCAUAGCUUUGACAAUUCUGGCUUCGUAGAUUACGAGUACGAGGAUCCCACGCCGUUGAUUGAAGCGUAUCAACUGAACGACAUUGAGCAUCAGCGUUUCCACCCACAGCAUCAACAGCAUUUGAUCCACAGCGAGCAUCAAUACGCCACGCUUGGAGGUAACACGGAUAUGCGUUGUGCUAGUAUGCGACGAAUGGCGGCACAGCAUUACAGACCGCAGGUAUCUUCACCAACACGAAUUGAGCAUCCCAAUCUACCACCGCUCAAUCUUUACCCACAUAAUACGCUCAGCAAGAAGCAAUCGAACGGUACAUUGGGCUAUCGCAAUGGCGACACUAUGACUCUGCCCAAGUAUGGUAUUUAAACAGGAAGCAAUUUUUCAAAUGAAUAUUCAAUCUGGCUGUUUUACCGGUGUUAUAUUUCGAUGUGGAUUGGUAGAUUAAGCUUCACGAUUCAUAUACAUAUUCAAUAAUACACUCACAUUAUUUCUUCCUCAUUGUUGUAUACCAUUAGAUUGCAAUGCAACGUGUAUUUAUUCGUUUUUACAAAACGUCAAACGUACUCUAGUCGUAUUACGUACCUAAUUUAGUUUCAAAUAACCAAUUGUUGUUAGCGUUUAUUUAUGAGGGUAUAUUAACAAGUAUAAACUAUAAACAUAACAUGUAAACGGUUUCGUUUUCUAUUUGUUUCGUAAAAAUAAAUAUUUCGCACUGGAAACAGUGCCGAAAAUGAAAAUAA